AUGGCCGCACCCGCAGCAUCCUUUACGCAGGAGCCAAAGAACGCAUUAGCACUUCUUUUGACCUUGGCCAGUACCGCAUUGGCUCAAACAGAGAACUCGACUCGCCUUGUUCGUACAUCUCAACCGGCUCAAAUCAGAUACGACGAUCCUGAUGGUACGAAAGUGAACUGGAAAUUCUACGUGCCGUAUAAUCAGCAACACUCUAACUUAGAGAAUCCUCAGCGUGGGCAACGAGCCGAGACAGUGAUAGCUCAACCGCAAACUUCAGGAGUACAGCAUCAGCAACGUUUGAUUCAAUCUCAUCAACAACCAUCACCAUCACCGUUAUCAAACGUUGUACCAAAUCAACAAGAAUACAAAUCUUACGCUUCUGUACCAACGCAUAUAAAGGAAUUGAUAUUACAGACGUAUGAACCACAGCGGCCUUACGUCGAUCCAUCAGCUUUUAUCCAUCAGCAGGGUUUAUCGUUUGAACAGGCAAAUUCACGUUCUGAUAUUUCUCAAUCGAGUCAAUACGAAUCACCAAUUGGAAAAUAUCAAACUAUCGAUGACACCAGAACCGCUUCGACGGAUUUUUAUUAUGGCGAAAGAAUGGCCAAGCCACAAGGUAGAAUCAAUUAUAAAGAGGAUUACGAUCAACGUCAAAACGAACAGCAUCAUCAUGAUCAUCAUCAUCAUCAUCAUCAUCAGCAUCAUUCACAAUCGCAAGAGAAUCAGAAUUCUCAACAAUCGCAACAAAUAAUCGGUAUAACUGUACCGAUCGAAACUAUGCCCGUUCAACCGGUACCAAAAUUGGUCAUAGACAAGAACAUGCCGCAAGAGAUACAACAGUUGCUACAUUACCAAUCUCAGAUACCCUAUGAUGUCAUAGCUAACAGAAUAACUUACAGGCCAAAAACCUUGUUCAUUCCUAAACCGAUACCGGACGAUUCGAAAGGACCGUAUUAUUACAAGAGUAAGAUUUAUUUCAUGAAAGACGACAAUAUCGAUGAGAUCGAGGAUGUUAAAUCGAUCGACGAUAGUCAACGUCAUUGACGACAAUUCUUUUAAUUUUUUUAAUUCGAUUAAAGCGUUACGUUAAACGUAUUAUAAUAUAUAUAUAUAUAUUUUUUUAAAUGUAAUAUUAUAUUAUAAUUAAUUUAAUGACAACGUUGAAAAAU